AUGAGUGUGAGUAAUCGUAAAGGAUUAUUGGCCAGUGUUCGUAACUAUCCAACAGGAGUAUUUUUCAUGCUUGGCAAUGAAUUCUGUGAACGUUUUAGUUUUUAUGGAAUGCGAGCAGUUUUAAUACUUUAUCUUAUCAAUGAACAUCACUUUAGUGAAAGUCAGGCAUCGGUUUUUUAUCACUUAUUCGUAGCAUUUGCUUAUAUCUCACCGUUGUUCGGUUCUGUCGCAGCGGAUAAUUAUUUCGGUCGAUUUCGAGUGAUACUUUGGAUGUCUGCUAUUUAUGUGAUUGGUCAUGCAUUGUUAUCAGUUGGUGCCAUACCAGAACUGGUUGAAAAUAUUCGCAUGAUAUUUGAUUUCGGUGGAUUAGCCAUUAUCGCUUUUUCUACCGGUGGCAUAAAACCGUGUGUUUCAGCAUUCGCUGCUGAUCAGUUUGAAGAAAAGCAAGUAGAUGAAAGGAAUCAAUUUUUCUCAUUUUUCUAUUUUGCAAUUAAUGCUGGCUCUUUGCUGGCAAUUUUAACAACACCGAUAUUACGAGGACGAGUGAAAUGUUUUGGUUCCGAAUAUUGUUUUCCAUUGGCAUUUGGUGUUCCCGGUGCACUGAUGCUACUGGCCUUCUUUUUGUUUCUAGCCGGUUGGCGAUAUUAUAAAAUAGUGCCACCUGGAAAGGGUAACGUCGUAUUCAGUGUCAUUAGUUGCAUUUGUUACGCAGCUCGAAGAAAAUUAUGCAGCAUUAGGAGUAGACAAGAUAAAGUUGAACAUUGGCUUGAUUAUGGUGCGCCCAAAUAUAACAAUCAUUUCUUACGCGGUGUCAAAAGUUUAGUGGCUGUUUCAAUUCUGUUCAUUCCAGUUGUGCUUUUUUGGGCAUUAUUCGAUCAACAGGGUAGUACAUGGGUGUUGCAAGCUCGUCGUAUGGAUGGUCGUGUUGGUCCAUUUACAAUACUGCCAGAUCAAAUGAAUACCCUUAAUCCGCUCUUUGUCCUUAUUACAGUACCCAUAUUUGAAGCAUGGAUUUAUCCAAUGGUUCAAAGAAUUUGUAAAGUAACACCGCUUCGGAAAAUGGCUACCGGUGGUUGUUUUGCAGCUCUGGCUUUUGUAAUGGCGGGAAUAUUGCAAUUAAAAGUGAACAAAACGAUGGAAUCACAUCCGGAAAACGGUAAAGUGAUCCUGCAAGUGUUUGGUGAUUCGUCACAUUCGUAUCAAAUUAAUGGAACAACACUUACCAGUGGAAAGAUUGAUUUAUUAGAAGGUUUUUAUACCGUAACAUCGAAUUCGAAUGAAGAAAGUUUCCAAUUGAAUUUAUCAAGUAGUAUGGGAUUUGGAUAUGUCCUUGGAUUAUUUCGAUCAUCUCGAGAUAAGAGCAGUUUUUCUUCUUUUCCCUAUAGUUAUGAGAAAACUGAAAACGGAGGAACCCGUUUGUAUCUGUUAGUGUCGGAUGACUCCAUUUUAGCGAACGGAAGUUUUUACAUUGUUGAUGUCCACGGGAACAUCCAUCAGAAAUCAGUUAUCAAAUCAGGUCAACAUUUGGAUAUCCGUCCAGCACUGAUCAGUUCACCAAAAUAUAUGUUAAAAAUUGGUCCUGGUAAUUGUUUGGUUACUGAUUGCCCAUACAAUUAUACUAUUUACGCAGAAGCUGGUGGCGCUUAUGUCGCAUAUAUCACUGAGGAUAUCAUUAAUGUUUACACUGUGGUCCGGUCAAACACCGUCAGCAUCCUUUGGCAACUACCUCAAUUUUUUGUCAUAACAGUUGGUGAAGUGCUAUUUUCAGUAACUGGCUUAGAAUUCUCAUACUCACAAGCACCAUCAGAUAUGAAAUCUGUAUUACAGGCUAUUUGGUUGAUGACCGUAUUCCUGGGUAAUGUGAUAAAUACGCUAAUUUUCGGAUCGGAUAUUGUUACCGAACCGGCAACCAAAUUUUUUGUCUAUGCUUUGAUGACGAUUAUUGUAAUUGGAAUAUUUAUUGGACUUGCAAUUAGAUAUAACUACAAUAACUAUACAGAAGACGGAGAUGCACAGAUGAAAUCUAUCAAAAACCCAUCAUCUCAUGGAAAUGUAAGAAAAAGUGGCAUACCUUUCGACAAUAAUCCAUCAUAA